CAAAUUUUUGCAAUCAAAUAUCCAAAAUGGCGGACGUGGUUAGCGCUCUUGCUGUAAGCGGUCAAAGAACUACAGGACAAUCUAUCAGAACACAAAAUGUUACGGCCGCUCUUUCCAUUGCUAACAUCGUCAAAAGCAGUUUAGGACCAGUCGGUCUCGAUAAGAUGUUGGUUGACGAUGUUGGAGACGUCACUAUUACUAACGAUGGGGCAACCAUAUUAAAACUGCUAGAAGUUGAACAUCCAGCAGCAAAAGUUUUGGUUGAACUUGCUCAACUGCAGGACGAGGAAGUUGGUGAUGGCACUACUUCAGUCGUUAUGAUCGCCGCUGAGUUGCUUAGGAAUGCUGACGAAUUAGUAAAAUGUAAAAUUCAUCCCACCUCUAUAAUCAGUGGCUAUCGUCUAGCAUGCAAGGAAGCUUGUAAAUAUAUUCUAGAGAAUUUUACAAUAAGUGUUGACGAUUUGAAGAGUGAAUGCAUUGUUAACGCUGCUAAGACUAGCAUGUCGAGUAAAAUUAUUGGAACUGAUGCAGAUUUCUUUUCGAAUAUGGUAGUUGAAGCAGCUUUCGCCAUAAAAACCUCUGAUGGAAAGGGAUCCUACAAAUAUCCCAUUAAAGCUAUAAAUGUAUUGAAAGCCCACGGUGGAAGUACGAAAGAAUCUAUCUUAGUUAAUGGUUACGCUCUCAACUGUACAAUCGGUUCUCAACUCAUGCCGAAGCGAAUCACUAACGCUAAAAUAGCCUUCCUUGAUUUCUCUUUACAAAAAACAAAGAUGAAAUUAGGAGUACAGGUCUUAGUUGAAGACCCUGAAAAUCUAGGAAAGAUUAGGGAAAGAGAAUCAGAUAUUACCAAAGAACGUAUUCAAAAAAUACUAGCGUCUGGGGCUAAUGUUAUUUUGACAACUGGGGGAAUAGACGAUUUAUGCCUCAAAUAUUUUGUUGAAGCAGGGGCAAUGGCAGUUAGAAGGUGUACAAAGAAGGAUCUUAAAAGAUUGGCUAAAGCCACUGGAGGUCAGUUAGUAGUAACUUUGGCCAAUUUGGAAGGAGAGGAAACCUUUGAAUCUGCCUUGUUGGGAAACGCUGAAGAGGUUAUACAGGAACGAAUCUGUGAUGACGAGUUGAUUCUUAUUAAGGGAACGAAAGCACGAUCUGCCGCGUCCAUAAUUUUACGUGGAGCGAAUGAUUUCAUGGUUGAUGAGAUGGAACGCUCUAUUCAUGACGCUCUUUGUGUAGUCAAGCGUGUGCUUGAGUCCAAGACGGUUGUUCCUGGCGGUGGAGCCGUAGAAUCGGGCCUGUCAAUUUAUUUGGAGAACCUCGCAACAUCUUUAAGCUCCAGAGAACAAUUAGCGAUUGCUGAAUACGCUCACUCUCUGCUUGUCAUUCCCAAGCAACUGGCCGUCAAUGCCGCAAAAGACUCUACGGAUUUGGUAGCAAAAUUGAGAGCUUAUCACAAUACGGCCCAGACAAAGAAGGAUCGUGCAGACUUAAAAUGGAUUGGUCUGGAUUUGGAGAAGGGUGUAGUUAGAGAUAAUAAAAAGGCUGGUGUGUUGGAACCAACAAUUAGUAAAAUUAAAUCUCUGAAGUUUGCUACCGAGGCCGCUAUCACGAUAUUGAGAAUUGAUGAUAUGAUAAAAUUGGAACCUGAAAGAAAAGAUCCAAGAGGAGGUUAUGAGCAAUAACGAUUUAAGUUUUUUUGUGCUUUUUUAAUUUCUGACUGUAUAAGAAAAUAAAAAUUUGCUAUUGAACAGUUUUGUUUCAAAAAUUUAAUACUUAAAAGAAUAUAUACAAUAUUAAAAAUGUCCAAAAAAA